AUGGUAGCAGGAAAUCUGCUGCAGAAACAGCCAGAGUCCUAUGCGAAAAAGCAGGACUAUACGUUCCACAAGACGCUCGGCAAGGGCACCUUUGGCGUGGUUCGCGCAGCGACCCGCAAUGAGCCCGAUGGUGGCCAACGGAAGGUGGCUGUGAAGGUUGUGAGCAAGCACCUCCUGAAAGGUCACGAAGAAGUAGUCAUGCGUGAGAUCGAGACGGUGCAAGGUCUCAACCACCCUCAUAUCGUCAAGCUCAUCGACUGGUUCGAGUCCAAGGACAAGUUCUAUCUUGUUUUUGAGGAGGCCGACGGUGGAGAGCUCUUUGAUCGCCUUGCGCGCGGCCGCUUUACUGAGAUGGAUGCGUGCCGCACGAUCCAUGUGGUGUUGGAGGCGAUUGCAUACAUGCACAAGAACAAUACUGUGCACCGGGAUAUCAAGCCCGAAAAUAUCCUGUAUCGCACGCCUGCCGAGGAUGCCAACAUUGUGCUGGUGGACUUUGGUAUUGCUGCGCACCUUCGCAACGCGGAUGACCAGGACCUGAAAGGGCUGUGCGGCAGUGUCGGCUAUGCGGCGCCCGAGGUCAUUGCACGCCACGGCCACGGCAAGCCGGUGGACAUGUGGGGUCUUGGUGUGGUGACCUAUGCGAUGCUCUGUGGUUACGCCCCCUUUUCCUCUGCGGACCCCGAGCUCUUCCGGAAGCAGCUGGAGCGGGGCCAGAUCGAGUUCCACGAAAAGUACUGGAGCUCGGUGAGCCCCGAGGCGAUCGACUUUGUGAAGCGGUGCCUGACGCUCGACCCCGAGCAGCGCAUCACGGCCGAGGAGGCGCUGGAGCACGCGUGGUUCAAGGUGUGCCUGGAGCGCGUCGACUCCCACGACGUCAGUGCCGGUCUCCGGGAGAACUACCGCACGAAGUGGAAGACGGCGAUCGCGGCGGUGCGUGCCACACAAAAGUUCAGCCAGGCCGCCGAGUCCGCGCAGAACAGCCGUGGCGAGCCGUCGUCCCCCCUUUAUUCCGACGACGAAGACCAAGUUUUCCGCAAUGUCCAGCGCGACCACGCGGCCGCGGCCGCGUCGACGAACAAGCCGCAGUCACCCCCCGCGCCCGUGGAGGAGGUGCACGAGGGCGGGCACAUGCGCCGCGGCAGCUGGGGCUGGAACUCGCUCGUGUCCAAGUUCCAGUCAUUGUACACUCCUUCUCACUAG